AUGAAGCCCUUUAAGGUCAUGGCACUUGAUGUGUUGUUUGAUAACACCAAACUUUUACCCUUGGGAGCAAUUGAAGAAGAACUUGAAGAUGAAAAUUCCAAAGAUGUUGACACAUCAAUUUCAAAUCAUCUGAAAGCGAAAAAUCAUAUUAUUGGGUGUACAAGCAACUGGUUAACAAAGGGAAAUGGACCUUUGAAAGUAAUUUUUUCUUCUACAAUAAAUGCUAUUCAAAUGGCAUAUAAAUUACAGAUCAGCUUCAAAGAGGCGCAUAACAUCAACAAAGGUCUAAAUUUGCUUGCAAUAACCGUAUAUCCGUACCAAAUUUGCUUACAACGGCCAGUACAACUAACCAUCGGAGAAAAACUAUUUCUUCAUACGAUAUACUAUAACCAUUAA